AUAUUAUUAAUCCGUUACAAUACAAUAGCCAGUCGUUCGUGAGUCCUUUAUUAAUUUACAAUCGGCACGAAAACGUUAUCGAUUUGAAUUGGGAAAAAGAAAAGCUGAAAAUGAAGAAAAAUCUAGUUUUCCGUGAAAAUAUUCAUUCUUUUUUCUUUUACCAAAAUAAGCUCGAUUGCGCACAAUCCCCAGAGAAAAAGUUCAUGGUUAACGGAACACGCUCAAUGUUCUUGAUGUUAUGUAAGACCGGGGCUUGGCCAAGAUAGGAUUUUUGUUAUGCGAUAUUUAUUGCGGAAUUGUUGUGCGAAAAUAACAUUUUUCAAUUGUCAUCGACGAGUUGGUGCUGUCAGUGGAAACAAAUCAAAAAUGGUUGACGCUGCUACACUUGAAAAAUUGGAGGCUGCUUAUGCCAAGCUUGCCGGUUCUGACUCAAAGUCGUUGUUGAAGAAGCACUUGUCCAAGGCAAUCUUCGACAAUCUUAAGAACAAGAAGACCACAUUCGGUUCAUCGUUGUUGGAUUGCAUCCAAUCUGGCUGUGAGAACUUGGAUUCCGGAUUCGGUAUCUAUGCUCCAGAUGCUGAAGCAUACUCCGUUUUUGCUGAAAUCUUCGAUCCAAUGAUCGCCGACUACCACGGUUUCAAGGGUGUACAUCCACCACGUGAUUUCGGUGAUGUUGAUUCGUUCACCAACAUCGAUCCAACCAACGAAUUUGUCGUUUCAACCCGUGUCCGAUGCGGUCGUUCCAUGGAUGGCUAUCCAUUCAACCCAUGUUUAACCGAAGCCCAAUACAAGGAAAUGGAACAGAAAGUUUCCACCACUUUGUCUGGCUUGGAAGGCGAAUUGAAGGGAAAAUUCUAUCCAUUGACUGGCAUGGAAAAGGCUGUUCAGCAGCAAUUGAUCGACGACCAUUUCUUGUUCAAGGAAGGUGACAGAUUCUUGCAAACAGCCAACGCUUGCCGCUACUGGCCAUCUGGACGUGGUAUCUAUCACAACGACAACAAGACUUUCUUGGUCUGGUGCAACGAAGAAGAUCAUCUUCGCAUCAUUUCCAUGCAAAUGGGUGGUGAUCUUGGACAAGUAUACAAACGUCUCGUAACAGCUGUUAACGAGAUCGAAAAGCGUAUUCCAUUCUCUCAUCACGACCGUCUCGGUUUCCUAACAUUCUGCCCGACAAACUUGGGAACAACCAUCCGUGCAUCCGUACACAUUAAAGUGCCAAAAUUGGCCAAGGACUACAGCAAGUUGGAAGAAGUUGCUGGCAAAUACAAUUUGCAAGUUCGUGGCACAACUGGUGAACACACAGAAGCUGUUGGCGGUAUCUAUGAUAUUUCAAACAAGCGUCGUUUGGGUCUUACUGAAUACCAAGCCGUCAAGGAAAUGUACGAUGGCAUUGCUGAGCUCAUCAAGAUCGAAAAGAGCUUGUAAAUGGCGUGCGUUCACUUUAAGGCGUUUUAAAUUAUUGUUAUUAACUAAAAUUAGCGAAAGUACCAACCACUCUCACCAAAAAAAGAACACUAAAAUGUUACGUUACAUCAAAAAAAAAAAGUUGAAGAAAUUCUAAUUAUUGUUUCACUGCAUCUCAUAGAGAUCACAAUGAAAUCAAAACAAAAAAUUGCUUUAAGUAAUAGUGUAUGAUCAUAAAAUGAUUUAAAAAAUAUAGAUUUACGUUUAUAUUGCUGUUAAAUUAUUGAUUGACAAUUUUUAUGUAAUGUUACACAAGUCCUGGUCUUUACUAGUAGAAGUGGAAAAAAAAAUUGUAAGAAAUUCUAAAUCAAAAAACGUUUUUUCGAAUUAAUUUUUUUUUUCUCGAUCGAUCGUUUCUAUAUAUUUUACAUUCUCAAAGAUCCAGUUAAGAGUCUAUGUAUUUUCGAUCAUUUAGUGAUUCAGUAAUGUAUGGACGCAAAAGAAUUGAUUUCAAAUUAAAACUAAGUAAUUAAAAUGUACAAA